AUACGAAGAACAGGGGCUGUGCUGAACGGCGUGGGAUGGACCUUUAGGCACUUGGUGUUUGGCUUGUCUUCGUAGGUGCCGUGACCAUGGCAUCCCAAGGCCAGGUCAUUUUCUGGAGCAUGACUAUGGUCAUUAUCAUCCUGGCUGCGGUGAUUGCCCUGAUCAUCGGGUUUGGUGUCUCAGGAAAACACUCCAUCAGUGUGACAGCACUGACGUCUCCAGGGAACAUUGGCCAGCGCAGCAUCCUGGGCUGCACUUUCGAGCCCGACAUCCGAAUGGGCAGCAUAGUGAUCCAGUGGGCCAAGGCAGGAGUAGCCAGGCUGGUUCAUGAGUUUAAAGGAGGGAAGGACCACCUGCAAGAGCAAGAUCCAUCAUUUCAGGGCCGCACAGCUUUGUUUGCAGACCAGGUGAUUGGCGGCAACGCUUCCCUGGAGCUGAGGGAUGUGCAGCUCUCCGAUGCCGGCACCUACCAGUGCUCUGUCACCACAGCCAGAGGGAGCGGAGUGACAGUGCUGCAGUACAGGACAGGAGCCUUCAGCACCCCCAAGGUCCACGUGGAGAACAGCAGCAGCGGGGACAUGUUGUGGUGCAAAGCACCACGCUGGUUCCCUCGACCCGCUGUGCGCUGGACAGCCUAUAGCAACACUGGGGAGUACCUACCUCUCGUUGCCAACACCAGCUAUGAGCUGAACGCUGAAAACAUCACUCUGAAAGUGGUUUCCUUUCUGCACAACUUUACUGCUAACGUCACCUACACCUGCGUGAUUGAAAACAACAUUGCCAAGGCUACAGGCAACAUCAAAGUGACAGAUUUCAGCAUUACGAGGGGGACCAACUUGCAGCUGGUGAACCUAAAUGCAGAGUCAGUGACCUCCCCCCUUCCAGCCUCUCACUGGAUUCUUCUGCUUCCCAUGUAUCUGCUGUUGUUAUAAAGCCUUUACAAAACCAUCAGAAACACUGCUGGAUCUGGAGCUCCAAGGAAUCACUGAGCUGCUCAGCAGCCUCAAGGGGAGAAGAUUGAGUGGAUUCUCCUUGCCAAGCAUUGUCCAGUGGCUGCUC